UUCCCAUUUGCUUUUGUUAUUCGCCUCGCUCUCUCUCACACCACGUUCGUUAGUGAAUCCUCGCCAAACUCGAGAGAACGCAAAAUCAUUUUGAUACCAAAGCAAAGCAUCGCAGUGGCAAAAGAAGAAGAUGACAACCGCACUCUACCAUUAAUUCCAGACCCAAAAUUGACUGACCGCUUGCUCCCUUCGUCCUCGGUGAACCAACUGCCAUCAUCAUUCAACCACAUCGUUUCUUCAUCUCCCCACCAAAGUAUUCAAUCAAAGUGGAACCACGGCAACUUGUCGCAUCGCAUCGCAUCGCAUCAAUCACUCCUGCAUUUGUACCGCAUCGCAUCGCAUCGAUUCAGUCCUUGGAUUAAAUCCCUCUGGAGCAAUGGCCGCCGUCACUCGCCAGCCUUUUGCUCCCCUUGACGGAGCUCGUCUACAGUCCCUGACAAGCCUUAAGAACAGACAAAACGCCAACGUUUCUCCCAAGCGGAAAGCAGAGUUUCUCGAGAUUGAUAACUGUGAAAAUGUCGAUCCCCUGCUCUUUGCAAAACGCUCCAAGGGCGUAAGCUCAGGCACCCCUGCCAAGGAUGGCCUCAAGCCCUCCAGCUUCUUCCUCACUCCCAAGAUCAGCACUCCCGUCGCCAGUGCACGAUCUCUCGCCAGCCAAAACAAGGCCUCUUCAACGCCUCGUCGCAUUCUGAACCCAAAGUCAAAUCUGGGCAAGGCCAAUGUCGACAACACGCCCAAGUCCUGCCCGGUAGCUCCCGCGGGCCUUUUGUCGGGACGGCGUCGCGCCACUCGCCUGGACCCCCCAUCAUUCCACCUCGGCGGCUCUUCCGCUCCAUUCUCUCUCGAUGCAGCCCUAAAAGGCACCAUUGCGGGCUACACCCCUCGGCCAUCCGUCAAGAGGCCCGUCGUCUCCAGCCUGCUUGAGCCUGACUCCAAGGCCAGCUGGUUCUUUGACAUUCACGAAGACACCCCUGAGCAGGAGAUGACCAACCUUCUACAGCACAGCACCUGCACACUCGACAUCUCAUCUGAUGAGGAGACGGAGCAGCGCGCAAAGCGAGAUGGUGCCGAGGGUCGUGACAAGGAGAACAUUCCUCCCGCAGAUGACGUCUCUCAGACUUCAGCCCAGCGUGCUAGCCCGUCGCCCAAGGGUGAUGAGAUGAUUUUUGAGAAGCAGCGAGUUGCGCUUGGUGAGAUGAAUGCGGCCGACUUUUAUGCCGAGGGCUGUGACGAGACAUCGGUGAUUCUCAUCCACGAGGACGAGGAGCCAGAAGCUCCCAUCGCCACUGUCUCAAACAUUCCCGAGGAGCCGGAAGAGGAAGAGGAAGAGGACGAGCUGGAGAUUCAUGAAGACAUUGACGCUCUCAUCUCAAGAUCCGACGGCACAUCAUCCAAGGCCGCUGUUCUGCAGCCCAUAGAAGGCACAGGCGAAAGCUUUGAACUCUGGGAAAGCAGCAGCGCCAAAGAUGAAGCUGAAAGCGUCGUUGGGAGCCCGUAAACCAGCGGCCCCCAGUCGAUGGCAACCGGAUUAUAAACGAGGGAAUGAGUGUACGUUUUUGUAUGUCAGAUGAAGAGCGAGCCUUGAGCCUUUGUGUUGUUUGCGUUGUGUUAUUGUUUUGGUUCGGCCUGUUACCUGUGUCUUUGUCUUGUUUUGUCUCUUAUUUUUCUUCUCUUCUUCCUUUCCUUUUUUCUCCCUAUGAAAAAGGUCGUGGCUUGGCGCAUCAGUUUUGCUUUUCCCGGACUGGGCGGCGUUUCCGGUUCGGUUUGGUACGGAAUGGUUAUACCAGGAGUUGUUGCUUGAUGCGCCGGUUUGCGACUGUACGAGUUAGUAGAGCCUACCAGAGUACAAGAGUAUCGUGCACAUUUAAUCGUAUUGUUUGAAUGCUACAGACAGUCUCGGUACCUUGAUCUUUGUCCACGUGAAGUAAAGUGCCCGUGAAUGAGACUUCA